CUUGUCCUGCUUCACGUCUUGUUGUGGCGGUUUACGGCGCGCUCAACAUGGGGAUCGAAGCUUGGUACAUGGACAACUCUGACGAAGACCAGAGGAAGCCGCACAAACUUCAGCCAAAUCAGCCCGUUUUGUUGGAGACUUUAAAAAACAUCGGAGUUCUUCACUGGAAGCUGAAUGCAGACAUCCAUGAGGAUGACCCACAGUUGCAGCUGAUCAGGGAAGAGCAAGGCUACCCUUCCAUGGACAUCAUCACCGUUGAGAAGAACACACUGGCAAAUUAUGAGGAGAUGUUAAAAAGGUUCUAUACGGAACACCUACAUUUGGACAAUGAGCUUCGCUACAUCCUUGAUGGCCAGGCAUAUUUCGACGUCCGGGACAAGGAGGACCGCUGGAUAAGAAUCGCUGUGGGCAAAGGUGACCUGAUUACGCUGCCAGCUGGCAUAUACCACCGCUUCACAUUGGACGAGACCGUAAGUUUGAAUUACACUUGGAAAAAUAAAAUAAUGAUUGCUGGAUUAAUUUGCUCUCAAACUUUUUUCACCGAAGGUACACUGUCUGAAUUGAACAGUUAG